CAGCUGCUUGCCAUCCCCCAGAGCCUGCCAAGCUCCGGCCCGAGCUGACCGCAUGGCCGGGGGCAGGAGCAGGAUCGGGAGCAGGAGCAGGAGCAGGAUCGGGAGCAGGGCCACCCUCCGUGCGUGGCUCCUGUGCCCUGCGCUGCUCGGCUGCUUCGUGCUGGGCUUCCUUACAGGAUGGUUUACAAAAGUGACUGAGAAAAACCCCAACUCUUCAGAUGUCCAUCAAAAUGUGAGACAGAAACUUGUGGCAGAGAUGAAAGCAGAGAAUAUCAGGAACUUUCUUCGUUCAUUUACCAAGUUGCCUCACCUCGCAGGAACUGAACAGAAUCUUCUUCUUGCCAAAAAAAUUCAAGGCCAGUGGAAGGAAUUUGGAUUGGAUUCAGCAGAACUUGUUAAUUAUGAUGUGCUUCUUUCAUACCCAAAUGAAAAGCAGCCAAACUACAUUUCAGUAAUUGAUGAUCAAGGGAAUGAGGUUUUCAAUACAUCAUUGUUUGAACCACCCCCACAGGGGUAUGAAAAUGUUACUGAUAUACUACCACCAUAUAAUGCUUUUUCAGCACAAGGAGUGCCAGAGGCAGAUCUGGUGUAUGUGAAUUACGGCCGUACUGAAGAUUUCUUUAAGCUGGAGCGUGAAAUGGGAAUUAACUGUACAGGAAAGAUUGUCAUUGCCAGAUAUGGGAAGAUCUUCAGAGGAAACAAAGUUAAAAAUGCCAUAUUAGCAGGAGCCCAGGGGAUCAUACUUUACUCAGACCCUGCUGACUACUGUGCCCCAGGAGUAGAUGCUUAUCCAGCUGGCUGGAACCUUCCAGGUGGAGGAGUCCAGCGUGGGAAUGUUUUAAAUCUGAAUGGAGCUGGGGACCCCCUAACACCAGGUUACCCUGCAAAAGAGUACACUUUCAGGUAUAAAGGUAAUGAUGGUGUAGGGAUUCCCAAAAUCCCAGUUCAUCCCAUUGGAUAUCAUGAUGCAGAAGUAUUACUGCGUGCAAUGGGAGGACCUGCAGCUCCAGACAGCAGCUGGAAGGGAAGUCUCAAUGUGCCUUAUAACAUAGGGCCAGGAUUCACAGGCAACUCUUCUACAAGAAAAGUCAGAAUGCAUGUUCAUACAAGCAAUAAAAUAACACGAAUUUACAAUGUCAUUGGCAUCCUCAGAGGAGCUCUGGAACCAGACAGAUAUAUUAUUUUGGGUGGUCAUAGAGACUCUUGGGUGUUUGGUGGUAUUGAUCCAACGACUGGUGCUGCUGUUCUGCAAGAAAUUGUGCGGAGCUUUGGUAAAAUGAAGAUGGCAGGUUGGAGACCUAGGCGAACUAUUAUUUUUGCUAGCUGGGAUGCAGAAGAAUUUGGAUUAUUGGGUUCCACAGAGUGGGCUGAGGAAAAUGCCAAAGUCCUUCAGGAACGGGCAGUCGCUUACAUCAACACAGACUCUUCUAUAGAAGGUAACUACACAUUAAGGGUUGACUGUACCCCUCUUCUCUACAAACUGGUGUAUAAUCUGACAAAAGAGAUUUUAAGCCCUGAUGAGGGUUAUGAAAAUAAAUCUCUAUAUGAGAGCUGGCUUGAGAAAGAUCCCUCACCUGAAAAUAAUACCUAUCCCAGAAUAAAUAAACUGGGGUCAGGCAGUGAUUUUGAAGCUUACUUCCAGCGACUGGGAAUUGCAUCAGGCAGAGCUCGUUACACCAAGAACAGGAAAACAGACAAAUUCAGCAAUUAUCCUGUUUAUCACACUGUGUAUGAGACAUUUGAGCUAGUGGAAAAAUUCUACGACCCCACCUUCAAGAAACAGCUAACAAUUGCCCAGUUACGAGGCAAACUGAUUUAUGAACUGGCAGAUUCCCAGGUCAUUCCCUUCGACUCCAGGGACUACGGAGAAGCCUUAAAAGGAUACAGCAACAGAAUUUAUAAAUUGGCCAGGAAGCAUGAAGAACAGCUGAAACUUUACAAAGUAUCAUUUGAUCCUCUUUUUUCUGCUGUGGCAAACUUCUCAAAGGCUGCUGCUGAAUUUCAUAGGAGACUUGACCAGGUUGACAAGAAAGAUCCAGUUGCAGUGCGCAUCGUGAACGAUCAGCUGAUGUUGACAGAAAGAGCUUUCACUGAUCCUCUGGGUCUGCCAGGAAGGAGGUUUUACAGACAUGUUGUCUUUGCUCCAAGCAGCCACAACAAAUAUGCAGGAGAGUCCUUCCCAGGAAUCUAUGAUGCCAUGUUUGAUAUUGAAAGCAAAGCUGAUCAACAUGCAGCCUGGGAAGAAGUGAAGAGGCAGAUUUCCAUUGCAGCCUUCACUGUGCAGGCAGCAGCAGAAACACUGAAGGAAGUAGCAUAAGAUGCUGGCUCUGAAAACUCACACAGUGGAGAGUGGCACACAGAGCUGCUGCAGUGGCUCAGUGUCCCUGACUGCCUGCCCUGCCUGUCUCCAGCCUCCCAAACUGCAUGGUAGGGGAGCAGAGCUCUGUGUGUCAGAGAAUUGCUGCAUCUCUGGUGCUGACACAACAGCUUUAUGAACUGCCCAGGAUGGAAGCAAAUUUGGGUGUGGGGAAAAGUGGGAAGGGGGAGAAGCAGGAACAAUCAGUUGCUGAUUAGAAUUUUCUGAGAGAUCUGCCAACUUUGAGGACCCAUUGGAUGUACAGUUGUGAAAACAAUUAUUUGCCAAGCUACCUGAAAAGUUUGUCCACAGCAGUGAUCAACAACACACAUUUUGACAGAAGAAAUGUAAUAUUCAACCUAUUUUUCUAUUAUCUAUUGUCUAUUUUUCUUGUUCUAAUAAUUACUUUUAUAAUAGAAGACACCAAAGGCAUCUCUGCAUUUCAGAAUCUAGUCUGCAGGACUGGGGAAUGCUCUUUACACUGAUUUAUUUUCCUUAAAAAAAUUAAAAAGUGACUCUCCUACUGUUUAGCACAGCAGUACUGCCCAUUCUCGAUAAUCAGGGAAAACAGCUGCUAAUAUGCAAAAAUCCAAAAGCAAGUUCUCAGUGGAGUGCACAUCCAUCCCUCUGAAAGCCACUAUGAAUCUCCCAGCUUUAUUUGCUCUUUGGAAAAUAAUGAUUUUGGGUGGGUACCAAAAGCUGACCUCCCUGUUCUUUUUGGCACUUUCUAUAGUUCCAAAUCCAUGGCAGCUUUUGUUCCUGUUUUUUCCCAGGAGAUCUCUUUCAUAUUUUUUCCAUCUGAAGGAGUUGGAGGACAUUGUUACUAUUAGCAUGGAGCUUGAGAUAAUUCUGUCUUCAAAUAAGACCUGAAGAAUGUUUCCCAUUAGGAGCUGAUUUUACAUUCAAAGAGGAACUGAAAUGCAUGAGAAGGCCAGUUGCACAAAACUGUUUAAUUUGUAUAAAAAGAUUUAAAAAAAAUUAAAACUUCUUGCUUUAUUUGCCCUUUAGAUGUAAUUCUCAUCCACAUGCUUUAAAACUAUUAAAAUUGCUAAUUGUGGGAACUGACA